GACCCGUUAAGUUGCUCGUGGUUGUAGACACUUGCGAGGCAGGACGACUAACAGGGUAGGAAGCUGAGAGGCGGCAGGGAAGACGCACGUUGACACGAUGCGAAAGCGUUCGGCAGGAUUGGCCUCCGUCGCCAUCGUUUUGCUUCUCGUCCUCUCAUUCGAUCGGUGCUUCGCCUCCGUUGAACCCCGUCUCGGAUCGGCUCGUGUUGUUUUCCAGACAAACUAUGGAGAUAUAGAGUUUGGUUUCUUUCCAGAGAUUGCUCCUAAGACUGUUGAGCAUAUCUUCAAACUUGUCCGUUUAGGUUGCUAUAACACGAACCACUUUUUUCGGGUUGAUAAGGGUUUUGUUGCACAAGUUGCUGAUGUUGUUAUGGGCAGAACUGCACCCAUGAAUGAAGACCAGAGAUUUGAAGCUGAAAAAACUGUGGUUGGUGAAUUUAGUAAGAUUAAACAUGUGAAAGGCAUUCUUUCAAUGGGGAGGUACUCGGACCCAGACAGUGCCUCUUCCUCCUUCUCAAUUCUUUUGGGAGAUGCUCCUCAUCUUGAUGGAGAGUAUGCCAUAUUUGGGGUGGUCACAAAAGGUUUCGAUACUUUAAAAAGGUUAGAGGAAGUUCCUACACGUCGCGAAGGGAUUUUCGUGAUGCCAACAGAGCGCAUCACUAUUUUGUCUACAUAUUUUUAUGAUGAGGAAGGGGAGAGCUGUGAACGGGAGAAAUCGAUUCUGAAGAGAAGACUAUCUGAAUCGGCAAUUGAAGUUGAGAGACAGAGGAUGAAAUGCCUUCCAUAAUCCAAUGGCGACAGAUGUGCUACCAUGAAACUUUUCUAUUGCUUCUCCAACAAAAAAUCUUGUUAAGUUUUCCCGUGAAUAUGUAUGAAAUGAUGAGAUUGAGGUUUCGUUUGGGACGGUUUUUUUACUGCUUAACUAAAGCAAUUUUUUAGUAAAAAAUUAAAAAAUUUAUACUAAAAAGCUGUUUUAAGAAGCAGGAAGAAAGUCGUCCCAAACGAAUCUUGAGUUAUAAACCUGUUUGUUUAUCUUUUGCAGAAAAUAUUCUGGGCAUUAUAAAUAUAUUGUCAACUGAAUACAUUUAGCUUUUACACCAAUGCACUUCAUUGCAACUGUAGUUUUUUGCUUCUCUGUUGGAAAGCAAGCUAGUAAAAAAGGGUUCAGAUGCUUUUGCACUA